AUGCUGCUGGGGUCACCAGAUAGAUUCCUGUUAUCCAUCAAUGGAGAGUACAAGGCCAUCUUUCAGGAGGACGGGAACUUUGUGGUCUACGGCUGGAAGCAGGUUUGGCAGUCUAACACUGCUGGACAGACCAACGCCACAGUGCUGAUCAUGCAGGGAGACUGCAACUGUGUCAUGUACACACAUGGCAGAGCAUUGUGGCACACCAACACACACAAGUCCUACGUCAAAGAUUGCCGCUUGACUCUGAGGAAUGACGGCACACUGGUUGUGGAGAACGAUGGCAGAGUUGUGUGGUCAUCUGCAAAUUAAAGAUAAAUACUUUAUA